UGUUUGACAUUGGAUUACAACAUAUUCUGUUAGGACACAGACCGGUACAUUGAUAGUAAUGUGAUUGUCUCGAUCGGAUAAGAAAAUCACAUUUUAAUUGGGGAUGUAAUUAGACAGGUUUCAUUCUCUUCAUCUGUCCUGGAAUGGAACAACUGGAGAUAUCUGACUUUAAGGAUGAGUACAGAUGAACGAGGAGAAGAGACAAUGAGAUUGAGUCAUUUGACGAUUGAGAUAUAGGAAAGGAGACAAGGAGAUGACGCUGCGAGCCCCUGACUGGACCAUGGAUGAGCCUCCUCACGAUAGGACAUGUGGAAGCUAUGCUGAGACACCAUUCAUUUUCUCAUAUGAAUAAGUAACAUAGGCUACUUCAAGGAAGGAAGGAAAGAAUGAUUCGUUCCCAAAGUAGUCCCAAUGAACAAAACCGGAGGGACUCCACUCUUUUGCGGACCAGCCAAGAACCUAGACCGAGUUUCACUUUCACAUCUCUGGAAGUUUAGCUUUUUUUCAAAGUAUAUUCCACCCCUUGUUCUGGUGAAUCAGAGUGUCACUCUACAGUUCUGUAGGGCUGCGUGAACAGAUUACAUGAUAUCUUCUUCCUCUGAUGAAAGAAUAUGAUAUGCUGUAGGCUACAGCGGGGGUGGGUGAGGACCAGAACACGCAUCCAUCAAGGCGGGAGCGCGCAUUAUGAAGAGGCGGGGCAGCGGGAAUAUCUCUUUCCGGAUAUUUACCUCCACCUGCCCGCGCGACGCGCCCAGUUCCAAGGUUUUUAACAGCGGUAGUAUCAACGGACAUGACAAAGUUCCCAAAUCCAGGACUACUGAGAAGCAGGAUGCAGGUGAGGUUUUGCUGGAGCAGGUGUGUAACCAGCUGGGUCUGCUGGAGAGACACUUCUUCAGUCUGCAGCUACGAGACUCCAACACCACCAUCGUCACUCAAACACACUCUCCUAGGUGGCUGGAGGCCAACAAACCACUGAAGAAGCAGCUGAAAGGAGUUGUCUCUCCAUUCUACCUGACCCUCCGAGUCCGAUUCUUCAUCUCAGACCCCAACUCUCUACAGCAUGACCAGACCAGACAUAUGUACUUCCUCCAGAUCAGGAGUGACAUCAGAGAGGGCAGGUUGAAGUGUCCUCUGAGUGCAGCUGUAGUACUGGCCUCCUAUGCUGUGCAGUCUGAGCUAGGUGACUACUCCCCAGACCUUCUCCCUGGUUACCUGUCCAAAAGCCACUUCCUCCCAGAGCAGGAUGAUGACUUCCUGUCUAGAGUAGAGGCUCUGUACCCAGGGCACAGGGGGCUGAAGGAGAGUGAGGCAGAGCUGUGUUUUCUCAACACAGCAAGAACUCUGGAGAUGUAUGGAGUGGAGCUACACACUGCCAUGGACUCUGACAGUUCCCCCCUAUUGGUGGGAUUGGCCUCAGGGGGCGUGGCUAUCUUCUGUAACAUGAUUUGCUCCAGUUUCUUCCCCUGGGUGAACAUCAUCAAGAUAUCCUUCAAGAGGAAACGCUUCCUUAUGCAUCUCAGACGCAAACAUGGGGAGACGCAGGACUGUGUAGUGAGCCUGGUCCUGCCAUGCCCCAGGGCCUGUAAGAACCUGUGGAGGUCAUGUGUGGACCAUCACUGCUUCUUCUACACCAACCUGGCAACCCGUAGCCCACACCACACCAACCUGGCAACCCAGAUACACAACAAGCUGCUCCCACAACACUGGGCCUUGGGCAGCACUAAAACAGACAGUGGUCCAGUGUGUAAGAAAGUGAUGGGUGGGAUGGAGUGGAACCCAGCUCUGAGGGGAUCCACCUCGUCAGAACACCUGGAGACCAAGAGCCUACCGUCCCGAUCCCCCCCGCUCACACCUAACUGGCGGAGUCCUCGUGUGCGUCAUGGCGCCCGUAAACCCCGCCCCUCCUCAGUGGAGCUGAACAAUGACCUGCGAGAUGUGUCGGAGGGGGAGGAUGUCUUUUACACCUACAGGGUCUCCCUCAGUAGCAGCAGGGGCAGCCAGGAGGGCACGCCUACACACAGUGUUUCUGGCACUCACAGCCAAGGAGGUGGAUGGUCGCAGGUUUAUGACAUCGGCACAGGAGAGGAAGACAUUAAGGCCACCUCUCACUACCGGGACAAGCGUGCUCUUGGUGAUGGCGACCUGCUAUUGGUGCGUCUCGCUCCUGAUCACGAUGGAAAGUUUGGUUUCAAUGUCAAAGGUGGCGUGGACCAGAAGAUGUCCCUGGCCAUAUCCCAGGUCAACCCUGACUCCCCUGCGGGGCGGGUUGAGCCAAGGUUGUUGGAAGGUGACCAGGUAGUGCUGAUCAACGGUCGCGACAUCUCUGAACACACGCAUGACCAGGUGGUCAUGUUUAUAAGAGCCAGCAGAGAGUCCCACUCCAGAGAACUGGCUCUGCUUAUACGACGCAAAGGUCCAGGGCGUGUGGCCCCCCUGCUGCAGUUUCCCUCUGCCCUGUCUCUGACUGGCCAAUCACACGGUGAUCCACUGCUUCUGCCUGGCCAAUCAGAACAAGGCCAGACACUUGAAGAGUCCAUGAAACAACUGGAGAGGGGAAUCCAGACAGGCACUCUCACCUUCCACUUCGAGAACCUGUACAUGAGGAAGCCUGGCCUGUCAGUAGCCUGCGCUCGUCUCCCUGAGAACACAGACAAGAACAGAUACAAGGACGUGCUGCCCUAUGACAUCUCCAGAGUGGUACUUCAGGACCAAGAGGACUACAUCAAUGCAAGCCACAUCACGGUGAUGCCCCCAGGGUCUGGUGUGUGUCUGCGCUACAUUGCAGCUCAAGGACCGCUGCCUCAGACCUGCACUCACUUCUGGCAGAGUGUGUGGGAGCAACACACACACACCAUCAUCAUGCUCACCACACUCACCGAGAGAGGACGGACUAAGUGCCACCAGUACUGGCCACACCCUCCUGAAGUGAGGGAUUAUGGGUACCUGAGGGUCAGCUGCCACUCUGAGGAAUGCAACCUGGCCUACGUCACACGCCAAUUCACCCUCACACACACACAGCUGGGAGAGGAGCGUUCGGUGACCCACCUGCAGUAUGUAGCAUGGCCAGACCAUGGUGUACCUGAUGACCCCUCAGACUUCCUGCUGUUCAUCACCUCUGUUAGAGAGAGGAGGACAGGAGACACACCACUUAUGGUGCACUGCAGCGCAGGGAUUGGGCGUACAGGUGUUCUCAUUACCAUGGAGACGGCGUUGUCGCUGUUGGAGAGCGGUCGACCUGUGUUCCCUCUGGACAUCAUCAGGACGCUCCGAGACCAGAGGGCCAUGAUGAUCCAGACCACGUGUCAGUUCCGGUUUAUGUGUGAGGCCAUCCUGCGUGUCUACAGAGAGAGAGAAGAGAGUAUUCUGCAGCACCACCCUCAGCACUGCUAAUGGACCAUUAACAGGAGGAUGGGGGGACAGCUAGCCACAGCACUAGGCAAACAGGAAGAUGGGGGGACAGCUAGCCACAAUGCUAGGCUAACAGGAGGUGGGGGGACAGCUAUCCACAAUGCUAGGCUAACAGAAGGAUGGCUAGCCACAGCACUAGGCUAACAGGUGGGGGGACAGCUAUCCACAAUGCUAGGCUAACAGGAGAAGAGGACUGCUAGGCUAACAGGAGAAGAGGACAGCUAGGCUGUAGCCUUAGAGAGCCAUAGCACUCCACUAGCCUUAAGUGCUCGGCAACGGCUAGCCUUCUGUUGCUACAGCACAUAACGAGCCAUAGUGCCGAAUGUGCUCAGCUAGUCCUAUCCUUAUGUUUGCCAUAGAGCACCGCUAGCAGGAAGGACCAUGUACUGCAAAGGUCUUUUUAAAAUGUAUUUAAAAAAAUAUAUAUAAUAAUUCUCUGGGACCAAAGUGCUACUGUAUGAGUGACUGAAGACUGUAUCUCAGUUCCUCUUGAGUGGCGGCUAUAUAGCUUUCCUAAUAGUGGGUUGAGGCAAGUUCCUCCUGAGCGGAGGCUAUAGGAUUGACUGGUCUGUCUGCAUUGUUGGGAGAGUGUUGAGGCUUUCGGUGGAUUCACAGUAGAGAUGAACACUGCCAGAGCCACCACACACUACCCCCGAUCCCACCUUCCCUAAAUUAUUGACACACUGAAUAAACACACUGACAUCUA